AUAAGAGCGAGCUUGUUUUCUUGUUCUCUCAAAGUUCAAACCCUACCCAGCUUUCCCAAUUUCUACCUUCUCUUUCACAAACAAAGAGGCAAUUACAAAUGGCUGAGGGAGCUUUGGAUAUGACUCUCGACGAUCUCAUCAAGAAGAAUAAGACCGGUACCGGAGGUAAACCUCGCGGCAGAGGCCGCGGCGCUGCCUCCACCUCCAGUGCUGGACCUUCUCGACGGUUCCCUAAUCGUUCUAAUAACCGAGAUGCACCUUAUUCCACCGCCAAGGCCCCUGAAGCGUCGUGGAAUCAUGAUAUGUUCGCGGCAGAUCAAGCCGUCGCCUUUGGACAAGCUGGUGGUCGGGCGUCUUCCAUAGAGACUGGGACUAAACUCUACAUCUCCAAUCUUGAUUACGGCGUCUCCAAUGAGGAUAUCAAGGAGCUCUUUUCAGAAAUUGGUGACUUGAAACGUUAUGCUGUUCAUUAUGAUAGGAGUGGAAGAUCAAAGGGAACGGCAGAGGUGGUUUUCUCACGUAGACAAGAUGCGCUAGCUGGUGUUAAAAGGUUCAACAAUGUUCAGCUUGAUGGGAAGCCAAUGAAAAUUGAAAUUGUUGGAACCAACAUUGUCACUCCUACUCCCCCUUUUUCCAAUGGUGCUUCUGGUUUUGGAGAUACUAAUGGAGUUCCUAGCAGGUAUGCUCUGUUACUCACCAAGCUGUUCAAUUGGACCAAAAUUUUGUUUGAGAUUUUCUAUUUUGCUAUUUGAUGACAUAAAUGAAAA